AUGCCCGACAAUGAGCAGAAACUUCUCCUCCACCAAGACUUUUGGCGUCAUCGUCGCACCUGUGUUCGCUGCAGUGGUCGCAGCAAACAGGGAGGUUGGGCAUGGGAGAAUUCUAGCUGUGUGCUGGAACACCUGAUCAAGAGACCCGUGGUGGAGAAAGCUGCGGCGGAUGAUGGUAAAAAAGCGACCGUCAAGAAGCCACAAGCUGCUCCCAAGAAGACUACACCCAAGAAAGAGCCGACUGAGGAGGCUCAACUCGCGAAAGGGUUGAUCAAGAUGGAAUACAUGCUGGACGAUGAUUUUGACGCGGUUGAGGGAGGCACUGGGGUCAUGCGUACGGUUUGGGUCAAAGACUACAGCAUGGUGGAUGAUGGUAUAGUUGAGAAGGUGGAAGUCACCUGCUCGGAGUGCAUUGAGGAGGAGAUUGUUAUUUCUGCCAAAUUUUGA